AUGGGAACUUCACUUACCUAUGCAUUGGCAUUUUGCCUAAUAGCUAUAAGUGUUCUUAUUAAUGUUGCUGCUGAUAAACCUUAUUAUGCAUCCCAGCCAAAGUACUACUCUUCACCACAUCUAAAGAAUAUAGAAUAUCCAUCCUCACAAAAAGUCCCACAGCAUGCAGAAUAUCCAUCCUCACAGAAAGUCCCACGGCAUGCAAAACACUCACACAAUUUUCACAAAUUAACUCCAUCAUAUACUUACAAAUCUCCACCCCCAUCUUAUGUUUAUAAGUCACCACCACCACCUUCUCCCUCACCUCCUUCACAAUAUGUCUACAAAUCUCCACCCCCACCAUCCCCAUCACCACCCCCUCCUUAUGUUUAUAAGUCACCGCCACCACCUUCUCCCUCACCUCCCCCACCAUAUGUCUACAAAUCUCCUCCACCUCCCUCUCCUUCACCGCCUCCGUAUAUCUAUAAGUCUCCACCUCCUCCGUCCCAUUCACCUCCUCCACCAUAUCUCUACAAAUCCCCUCCACCACCUUCUCCAUCACCACCACCUCCAUAUGUGUACAAGUCUCCACCACCGCCUUCCCUCUCACCUCCUCCACCAUAUAUUUACAAGUCACCACCACCGCCUUCUCCCUCACCUCCCUCACCAUAUGUCUACAAAUCUCCUCCACCCCCCUUUCCUUCACCACCGCCUCCGUAUGUCUAUAAGUCUCCACCUCCUCUGUCCCCUUCACCUCCACCACCAUAUAUCUACAAGUCCCCACCACCACCUUCUCCGUCACCACCACCUCCGUAUGUGUACAAGUCUCCACCACCGCCUUCCCCCUCACCACUCCUUCCAUAUGUGUACAAGUCUCCACCACCACCUUCUCCCUCACCACCACCCCCAUCUCCUUCCCCUCCCCUUCCAUAUGUUUACAAGUCUCCUCCACCACCAUCUCCUUCACCUCCUCCACCAUAUAUCUACAAAUCUCCACCACCACCAUCCCCGUCACCACCACCUCCAUAUAUUUACAAGUCUCCUCCCCCACCAUCUCCUUCACCACCUCCUCCAUAUGUGUACAAGUCUCCACCUCCACCUUCUUCUUCUCAUGUUCCACCAUAUAUCCGUAAAUCACCCACUCCUAAUGUCCACAAGCAUCCAGCUUAUCAUCUUCCCUACCUCUACAACUCUCCACCACCACCUCCAAGAGUCUAUUAA